AUGGCAGACGAGCAACAGGUCGAUGCAUUAUACACGCAGACUUCGCCAGAGCUUUGGACAACCAUUGACAACGUUGGGAACAAGAAACUAGCCAUUGACAACGUUGGGAACCGCAAACUAGCCAUUCACAACGUUGGAAACCACAAACUAGCCAUUCACAACGUUGGAAACCACAAACUAGCCAUUCACAACGUUGGAAACCACAAACUAGCCAUUCACAACGUUGGAAACCACAAACUAGCCAUUCACAACGUUGGAAACCACAAACUAGCCAUUCACAACGUUGGAAACCACAAACUAGCCAUUCACAACGUUGGAAACCACAAACUAGCCAUUCACAACGUUGGAAACCACAAACUAGCCAUUCACAACGUUGGAAACCACAAACUAGCCAUUCACAACGUUGGAAACCACAAACUAGCCAUUCACAACGUUGGGAACCACACACUACCCAUUCACAACCUUGGGGGAGACACACUACCCAUUCACAACGCUGGGAACAACAUUCCAGCCACUGUAGACAAGUGCUUCCAGCCGGCCGGACCUCCACAGUCGUGA